UCCCGACGACGUGGUGACACUCGGAUGCUGCUCAGGGACCCAGCUUUGCGUUUCACCGGAGACUGAAGAGCAUCUGGCAUCAAUGGGUCAGGGUAGUUCAAAUCCUCAGUUAUAUCCAGGAGACAUCGUUGAGUUUCCGAGGAACAAGUACUUCUCCCACUUUGGAAUAUAUUACGGAGAGAGAGAUGGGGUGUCUUAUGUGGCACAUUUUACAUGCCGGGAUUCCGAUUCGAAGAUCCUGCUCUUUGGCAGAGCCCUGAAGUCCGCAGUGAAACUGGAACCCAUCGACAUAGUGGGGAAGAAGUACAAGGUGAACAACUACCUGGACGACAAGCACCCGGCACGAGAUUUUUACACCAUCGUCAAACCCGAGAUCGACGAGGCCAUGGGCAAGAUCAUCACUUACGACAUCUUGUUCCACAACAGCGAACACCAGGCCACCCUGUUUAGAUACGGAGUCAAGAAGUCCGAGCAGAUUGAAAAAAUCUACGCUCAUAUUGCUCCAACCUGGAAGUCACUUUUCAAGAAGAAAAAAUUGUAAGGAGUGAAAGACAACUGUUGAAAUGUAAUUUUUUUUUUUUUUGUGUGUGUGUGUGAAGGGUUAAGAUUGGAGCUCCAGUCUUUACAGCCGUACACAGGUUUGCGUCAAUGUUACGCAUUCCCUUUUUUGCUUCUUAACAAAAUCAAAAUACGGAAAUCAUAACUGGGUGACAUGAAUCUUUACAGUUACUGCUGGACUCUGGUGUCGGAGCAUUUUCUGUUCGGUUAAAGGCAGGAUAUCAUGGGAUUCGCCUCUCAUGAGCCUGACAGUUAUGAGAGAUUCUGCAGUUUUACCUUUGAGGGAUGGGCGACACAUGACUGAUCACAUUGAUUCAGGUUUUUCAACGGUCUGUUAUCACAGACCCAGCAUAACAUGUCACAGGAGACGGUUACAUCCCGUCAUUGUCGUGUCAAGAGAUCGGCAGGAUUUCAUUUAAUUUUCUUUUACUUUACCAGAACCUGACUGCGUUUCCCUUUCGCUUCAUGCAUUUAGUAGUUUGGUUAUUCAUCAUAUUUUUUUUAAUCAGUUGUCCUAUUCCUCAGCU